AUGCGUCCGUACUUGAGUUUCACGUACAUUUACCAACCCUCGCCUCCGAGACGGAAUGUCGAAGGCGACUUCCAUGUUACGCAAAAGUUUCCCAACUUGGAGUUCUUCCAUCUCGAUGCCCCUGAAUUCCCCUUCUUUAUCAAACUCCGAAGAGAAGUUCUAAAGUCUGUGAUCAGCACCCUGUCAUCAUAUCAGUUUCCGACAUUGGUGAGGCACGCAACGCUCAUCAUACUAUCCAAUAACUACGGCCCCUUUCAGCAGCUACCGCAGAUGACCAAAGACGGGGAGAGCGAUCCUCUCUUCGUUGGUCUGCGCCGAGCGAUCUUCUCAGAAUUUGAAAACAUUGAGCGUUCCUACUUAGAGCAUAUCGACCGAGACAAGCAGUAUAGCGUCAGCGGCCCAGACAGGCAAGCCGUCUGGACCGUCAACGAGAAGGUUAUGUUGCCAAUGCCAUCAUCCAUUGCCAAGGAGAGGGGCCAGAUGAUCUCCCUCGAGGAACUUCGGUUCAGAGUCAUCUAG